GCCGUUUCAGCUUUGCUGAUUCUUGGCGGCCUGUCCGCGUACGUUCUUUAAUUCCCUAUGUGCCCCUACCAGAAGUCUGAAAUUAUGAUUUCGCUUCGCCUUCCAUUCGUUUCGCCCGCAUUGUUCUUCCAAUUUCAUGUUGUACACAAGAAAAUUGAGAAAAAGCAUGGAAAGUUUUUCCAGAUAUAAAUCGUCUCUCAUUUCCGAGUCCAACAGAAUUCCAGAACCCUAGUUCUGUAGUUAGGGUUUUCCCAAUUCCUUGGGAAUUCAAUAACCUUGCUUUUGAAAUUCGAUCUCUUUCUCCCCGAUUCAGAUCGUGGUGAUGCAUUGAUUCCACUCCUUCAAUCGAAUUCAGUCAAUUCUUUCAUCCGUGUUCUGAGCUAAAGCCGUGCUGAUUCUCCAGAAUCUACGCACUUCUUGUUUCUCUUGUGGCGGUUAAUCAAGUGGUCGGGGUAUAUUACUAUUUUUCGUGGUUCUAUGGCGGAUCAGGAUGAAGAUGACCUCAGAAUGGCUCUUAGGUUGAGUAUGCAGAACCCUUCCACUCCGGAGCCCAUGCUGCAGAAUUCCCCGCCGGAACCCAAGCGGAGCAAGCCCAGGGACGCUGCUGCUUCUGCUGUAGCCGGAGGAGAGGCCUCGGUCUCGCCGGAUGAUUCGAGGAGACUGCAGAGAGAGCUCAUGGCUGCUGCAGCUGAGAAGCGUAUGCAGGCUGCCAAAAUUGCAUCGCCUUCGAAGUCUGUAACUUCCAGUGCUACUGCUGUUACCGGUAGCGGCCCUGUAAAGACUGCUGAUUCUGCGAUGAAGGAGAAAGACGGGAGUUUGAAGGUGUGUAAAUUGGAGCGGGAAUUGUCGAUCGAGGAGGCCGACCAAUUGUUCUCUAUGGUAUUUGGCACCGGCGUUUCCAAGGGCAUUCUUGCUCAGUGGAGCAAUCAGGGCAUAAGGUUUAGCUCUGAUCCAGAAACGUCCAUGGGCCUAGUGCAGCAUGAAGGUGGGCCCUGCGGCGUCUUAGCAACAAUACAAGCGUUUGUUCUCAAAUACAUCCUUUUCUUUCCUCAUGAAGUAGGUAAAGUUGGGCACAGCAAGCAUCAAAAUCCUGGUUCCGGAAGAUUGUCCAAGACUAGAUAUGUUGCUUCAAACAAUUUUUCAAUGCUUACUGAAGAUGGAAGAGCAAGGGCCUUGGUCAAAAGUAUGAGUGAAAUAUUGUUCCUAUGUGGGAGUGGUGAUAGGGCUGUGAUUGCCACAUUAAAUAACACAGAUAAUGGUAAAGAGAGCUCCUCAAAAGAUGAGAUUAUUGCAAAAGCACUUGAAAGCCUUUCAAUUGAAUCAGCCUCUGAUUUGCAAAAGGUUCUUAGAGUCGACACAUUCACAAAUGAAGCAAGUGCAUUGCAGAGACUUCAGGACACAAUUCCCGUCUUCCGAUCUCGGAUGGGAGCGCUGCUCUUCCUUAUUUCCGCGCUGCUUUCUCGAGGAUUGGAUAACGUUCAAUCUGACAGAGAUGAUCCCAGUCUCCCACUGGUCACGGCACCGUUUGGACAUGCCUCACAGGAAAUAGUAAAUUUACUGCUCUGCGGCCAGGCAGUUGCUAACGUGUUUGAUGGCCGGAUGGAUUUGGGCGGUGGAAUGUUUUUGAAAGGCAUAUCAAGUGGUGUCGAAGUCGGGUUUCUCACCCUUUUAGAAUCCCUCAAUUUCUGCAAAGUUGGUCACCAUCUAAAAACCCCAAAAUGGCCAAUUUGGGUUAUUGGCAGCGAGUCCCACUACACAGUUUUAUUUGCUCUUGAUACCUCUGUCCAAGAUGAGAACGAGCUGGAGCAGAGAGAAUCACAAAUUCGAAAAGCUUUUGAUUCCCAAGACCAGAGCGGUGGUGGAGGAUUCAUCAGUGUGGAAGGUUUCCAGCAAGUCCUUCGAGAUGCCAGCAUCCAACUACCGACAGAGAAAGUCGACCAUCUCUGCAGCACUGGUUUCAUCGUGUGGAGUGAAUUCUGGCAGGCUGUUCUCGAUCUGGACAAGAGUUUAGGUGGACUAAAGGAUUCAAGUGGGUUGAUGGGGAAGAAAGUGUUCGAUCUUUACCAUUUCAACGGCAUUGCAAAAUCUGACUUGAAUGGUAGCAACAAUACAGCAGCUGGAGGUGAGGCACCGGUACAGAGACCUAGGCUGACGAAGCUCAAGGUUUCAGUGCCACCAAGGUGGACUCCGGAGGAGUUCAUGACAGAUGUUGCUGUGUCCUCUGCUUCUGCUUCAUCUGGUAGUAGUGAAUCUAAAGACAUGGAAGUAAACAAGCCCGAGCCCUGCCAGCACGCCCCACUUGUGGACUGCGUCAGAACAAGGUGGGCUCGCGCCAGUUGUAAUUGGGCCGGGGAUCCCCCCAGUAUAGUCUGAAGCAAAGAUGGCGAAAUCACCUGAGGUACAGAAAUGGCGAAAUCACCAGAAGCGUGGCCAAAUGUGCAGAGAUGAGAAAGAAGGUAGCCUUAUGCAGGUUGAAGGGGUUCCCAGCGUUAUUUCUUGCAAUGUAUCAUUGUAGCUCCUCUGUAUUGUUUUUCUUUUUUUGGCCCCUUGUUGGUCAAUUCCUGAUUGUAGUAAUUCGAUUUUUCAGAUGCUAUAAAGGGAGAGAAGAACGAUUUAUCUUGUUUGGGCUCUUGGUUGUUGCACUCUGUAAAAUGGGGGGUUUUGGAAAAUUUAAACUGUUGAUCAGUUGUUAGUCCCUUUUCGCCACCGCUGUUGUAACUUGGGAAUAUUACAGCACUCUGUGCAGGUCAUACAAUUUGUUAACCUGAAGAUGUCAAAGUCGUGGAUCUUGUUUUCCCGUGUUUACUACCGAAGGUUGAGAGUAAUUUGUA